AUGAUUGGGAUUUCUGCAAUCCAAACAAUUUUGUAGAUAGAUUACCUGAGCCUUUUAGGUAAUGAUAACAUUUAGCAUAAAGAUUCAUUAAUAAAAUCAUCUAAAAAGAUAUUCUUUUAGAAGUGUAUUCUAAAGUGUUCUUAAUCGAAAAAUACAGAUCCGAUCCAAAUUAUGAAGGACCCUUAAGAACUUUGCCUCCAUAGGGAAUUUUUGACAUUUCAAAUAUUACUACUAUAAGCUCAAAUAGCUCUAAUUUGCAAAUUGCAGCAGGAGAUUUACAAGGAAACAUUGUAGUGUUAGAUAUGAGCAAGAAAACAAAAAUUUGUAAAAAAGAGAUUAGCUCAAAAAGGAUAAAUAAAGUUUGUUUGGGAAUUAGAGACGGAGCAAAUGAUGAAUAAAAAAAUAUUUGCAUGUAACAGUUUCCAACAUUUUUAGAAUAGGAGUAAUAAGUCAUUUAGAUCCAGUAGUACAAAUAUACAAAUAUAAACCAGGAGAGAACAAAAUCAACUAAAUUCAUUUUAUAUAAGUCACAAAAAAUUCAACUGUUAUUGGUGAGCUUCCCAUGGAUAUCGAAAUCAGCAAAUAUUCUUAAUAUAUAUUAAUAACACAAUAUAAUGGUAAUGUGCUUAUUUAUAAAAUACCUGAAUUAAAAGUGGAUUAAUAAUAGACAAUACAGGCAACAUAAUUAUAGAAUUAAAAUACACUAUUACCGCCAUUGAUAAAUCAAAAAUAACUGCCUACAAAGGAAUAGUAGAAAUAACUAAUUCCAUCAAAUGCUUAAAAUGAUGUCACUGCAACUGAAAUAAUUGAACCCUUCUAUUAGAUAAAGUUUUAAGGCUUAAAGAAAGAAUAAAAAUUUAAUGAAAUUAUAAAUUCUUUCAAAGAAUAAAAUUUUCCAAAAGAAGUUGAAGUUAAAGAAGAUAAAAAAAAAUAACAAGCUAAUACUUAACCAUAAAAGAAAUAGGAAACAGUUUAAUAGAUAAAAGAAGAAUUAGGCUUAGAAGAAAAUAAUAAUUUACUAAUAAUUAAGCAUCAGUCUAAAGAUGGUUAUGAUGUAAGCGAUGAAUAUCCUCUUCAGAAAUUUAAGCCUUAUUGUGAGUUUCUAUAUGAGACAAUUAAAGUUUAAUAAGGGUCAAAGGCAUUUGACAAAGUAAUGAUUUUGAUAUUUCAUAGUACAAAUAAUAUGAAGUUGUUGUUGGAAUAGUUGUUGGAUGGUCAAACACAACAAAAUUAGAGCUCCAUUACUUUAAUUAACCAAAAAAAAAUAAUUUACCAUAAUAUUUAAUUUCGUAGUUAACUUAAGAUUAAGAUAUUAAAUUUCAGUUACCAAUAAUUAAUAAAAAGAAUGAAACAAGAUAAAUUGAAAUUCCAUUGAUAUAUCCACUUUCUUGCUUAGCGAUCUCUAAAAAUUUUUCCUUAUUAGGGUUAGGAUUAUAAUAAGGGUCUAUUUUGAUUUAUGAUCUGAUUUUCUAAUAAGAAAGAUUUUAUCUUGACAAACAUUAAACAAUUGUGAGCCAUAUAGAAUUUUGUGAGAAUGAAAGACUUGUGAGUUGUUCUUACGAUGGCAGCGUUCAUAUAUAUAAUACGGUUGAAGGGACUACUUUGUGCAAAAGAACAAAUUAAUUUCGCAAAGGAACCAAAAUAAAUUAUGAGGAAUAAAAACAAGGAUUUUGGAGAAUAAUAUCAUUAUCAGUAAGUAGCUCUGGAAUAGCAGUAGUGUAGGAUGCCGAGUCAGAAGUAAGAUUGUAUGAUGUUUGGAGAGGAGAAAAAAUUGCUAAAUUAUCUCCUGUCUAAGUUAUGGAUGAUUAAAAAAGAAAGUGGAGUAACUAAAAAGUAAUUCUUAAAUCUUUCAGAAGUAAAAUAUAAUUUAUUAUUUUCCUAGAUGAAAUUCUGAUUUCUGCUUAAGUUACUACAUAAGAACAAAACAAUAUUUAAGAUUAAAUUCUAACAACAGUGUAGAUCUUUAAGAUUUUUGAUAGUCUAGUAAAUUUAUUUCCAUCAUUAUCAAAUGUAUACAGAAAAGGAGUUGAAAAAGAAAAAAUUUUAAAUUUGUUUGAAAAAAUUCCAAAGUCAGAAUUAUGGAAUGCACAGUUUGAAGUUCCAAAUCUAAAUGUAUCUCAUCAAAAUGUAGCAUUAAAAGUUCCCGGUUAAGAUUCUAAAACCAGAACAGGAUCUUAAAUCUUGCAUAAUCAAAGCUAGCACAGUUAACCGUAUUUAUAUUUAUUUAAAUAGAAAAUUGAAUUAAAGUAAAACAUCAUAACAAAAAUUGAAAGAAGGUGUUAAAGAUUCUCAGGCUGUGAAUUUAUAACAGGAUAUUUAUGAAAAUAGAUCUGCCUCUUUAGUAGGAUCUCUACAUAAAUCUGUACAUUCUGAUAAAUUUGAUUAUAAUUCCUCUUUUAGAAGCACUAAUUCACCUUAAAACAAUUUAAAUUCGAACAAGACUCAAAAGAAUAAUUCAGCAUAAAUAGGUCUAACUAAAGAGAUGCUUCAUCCAGAAGAACAUUUAUUAGAAAAGUCUGAAUCAUAACCAGCUUAAUUGAUAUUUGAGAAUUCUUCUAUGGUAGAGCAUUGUAGAUUAAGGAAUUCUGAAAAACAACUAAGAUCUGAAAAGGUCACCUAAUCCCUUUUAAAGUUGGGUUAAAAAUUAGCCCUUGAAGAUGAAAAAAUGAAGCUUUAAAUCAGAUAUAGACAGCUUUAAAAAGCCAAGUGA